AUGUGCACAGCAUAUUUGGGAUACGGCGGCAAUUGGGGCGAGCAAUGGGGGAAAAUGGCCGCAAGCAGACGAGAGAAUUUCCCAUGUGUUACGCGCAGGGCGAUUGAUGACCAAGCCAGCUACCUCACGCCAAUCGACUUUGUCGAAGGCCUGAGCCUAAGCCUGAAGACUUCUCAGUUGAACGACAUUGAACUUUGCUUCCUUUGCGCGUCGCACUGCACCGCAGUCUCUUCCCAAUCUGCUGAGCCAUUGAGGUGCGGUGCGGUUACGCGGAUGGGAUGGCACAUGUGCAAAGCUCUCAAGAGACAGAAGCUGGGACGUGCAAACACACCACAGACAGUACUGGGAUCCCUGCUACAGAUAACAGUGCGAAAACAAGAUGCACAAUGUAAUCUCGCAAGUAAACAAAGUACACUGCCCCACAUGGACUCGCCGGGCUACGGUUCCCAGGACCAGGUAUCGUGCAGGUUUCCCAAGUGCAGACAUGGGGGGGAAGGCAGGUACCUGGGUAGAAGAAGUGGGCUGCAGGUGCAGCGUGUGGCCCAGAUGUGGGAGCGAAGUGGAGACCUCUCAAAGUGGGAAGCAGAGCACCAUACCUGCGUAGCAAGCAGAAAAGGCCAGGACGUCAGGUACGUACAACCUUACACAUCGCUACCUUGUCCAUGUGGUACCUUGUUCUGGGCUGACUAUCAAGAUGCCGCGAAACCUAAGCGCAUUUGUAGGAACAGAGGCUUGCGCGAUUUUUCGAGCCGUUCCAUGGCAUCAAAUGACGACACUGCUUUCCAGGGCCCAAACACGACAACGACAGGCGAGCCGCGACAGACAGACAGGCCGGGCAUGGACCGUGGACAUCCAUGGAUUAGAGUAUGGCAGUCGUCGUCUUCGUCGUCGUCGUCGUCGGCUCUUGGUCUGUCUCGGGUUCGCCUGAUGGAGCGUGCACCGCGCUCCCCCUACCCUUUUCCACUCUUCAUUGCCGCUUACGAUAACGCUGGCGGUCAGCACAUACGAGUACACUACAACAACAAGUCCGGAUACAACCGUCCCACGAGAAUGGUUACGCCCGGCGGUCGCAGAUUGAAGUUUUUUUCUCCGUGUAAUUGCAGUGGCACUCUCACCACGCGCAUCAGUCAUCAAGCCACGGCGGAUAACAUGCCGCACUUCCAACGCGGCCUGCUAGCACUGAUCAGUGAAGUGAAGGAGUGGACGAGUACGUACAAAUUGUGCAAGAUCAAACAAUUAGAUUCCCAACGCUCAGCAACAGCACGGCCCUUUUUCUCUAUCGUCCAGCACUCCAAGGCAAGUGGAUCACAACAAGCUUUUGGCCCUCCAAAUUUCGCUGCCAGUCAUGAGCUUCGACGUUGGGGGACCUACCCUGCUGUUGUUGCCAAUCGACCAAUCAAAUUGCUAUCAGGAAACGGCCCUUUCAAACUUUUCCCCCCCAUGCUCGGCGUUGCCAGUUUCUCACAGGGCCAUGGAGUCAGGGACGGCGGCUUCCCAGGGCAGGUUGCUUGUACCGCCGGAUGCGAUACGUACCGGUCGAACCUCACCCAUCUCAAUCUGCAUCUUGUUCUGCAACGAGACGAAAGCGCGUACCUGUGCAAGCAGCAGCACUCAGCGGCACUCGCAUUCCUCGCCAUCCAACCAGAGAGGUUGCCUCUUCUGAAUUCGGCACUUCGGCCAAUGCCCUUGAACGCUAGAUGUGACGGGCAUCCCGUCCCUUCUCGGGACAUUUUCAACAACUCACGCACUUGGAACUUGACGGAUACCUUUUCCACCUCGCAAAUUUACCAGACAUGCAGCUUUUGCAAGCUACCCGCCGCUAUCAUCCCGCCCUACUGCAACACUCUUGGCAAUCGUCGGCAGCACCACUCGUCCCGCUACCAUCUCCCGCCCUUCACACAGGUCAAUCCGUCAAAUCGGGUCCUCCUCAUUAACACUAUUCCACGAAAAAUACGCGUGUCAGUGCCCGGAGGCUGUCGAAGGCUGUUUGACGGAUACGAAAGCAUCGAACUGCGACUUACAUAUCGCUCAGCCAGGCCCUGUCGCAUUUCCCCAAAUAUGGGGAAGCUAGCUACGGGUGCGGUGUGUACCUACCGUGGCUCCAUGGCAGCGCAACCCUGCUGUGAUGCUGGGAGAAGAACAUCAAUGACCGCCUCCGUUCUCCAGUCUAAAGAGCUCGAGGGACCUCAAGGGCCUCCAGGGCCAGAGACUGCAACUCUGUCCGGCAGCGAGACGGCAAUAUGUUUUACUGUGCGAAGUCAAGACACCAGAACAAUUUGGUUCACGAUCUUGUCACCUUCUACUCCGUACACGCUCCGAGAGGGAUAUCCACUGUUCACCGCACGUCGCCUGCUUACAGGGACUCCGAUGCACACGGACCCUACGGAUACUCGACUGACAGAAUUGCCCUGUGCUGAGCUGAAGCCUGAAGAAUGGAUCGCGAACCAGAAACGAUACCGCGAAUGGGGCGGCUCCCGUCAGAUGGUCUUCUCUUACUCAGUGACCCUCGCCGUUCCGGCCGAUCCGUUACCGCUCAUCGCUUUCGCACCGACCUCCGAUCUGCUCGCCUUCGCCUCUCUCGCCAUCGCGGGAAUUGACGGUUUCUCCGUACGAGGCGCGCUCUCGCCAAAAACCAGUUCUCGUUGGCGUUGGAGCUUGGGAUCGGAGCCGUGUCGGUCAGUGUUCGGUCUCGCCGUCGAAGAGGCCGGGGGAUCCAUAAUGUACAAAGCGGUCGGUGGCCUUGGCCAUUUUGCCUUCCAAACUCAAGACAUCCCGAACCGCCUGGCCGUUUCCUCGCCCGGCUGCCAGCCACGGUGCCACGCAAAGGGUGGUGGCCCAGCUCCUAGAAAAGUUCGCCGAUACUGUAAUCUCUCACCGAGAUUCAAGCACGGUCUGCCCGGCUUCUUCCACCAUCCCAGCCUGCCAGGUCUUACCACGGGCGACGCCCGGGCCUACCUGAAGCCCGGGUGUUUGGUCCUGUCCUUGGGCCGGAUGACAGAACCUGUCGGACAACCUGGACGGUUGGAGCCUGGAGAAAACUCGCGCUCGGCUGGCCAAAGCUCGCCAUUCAAUAUUGUCCUCAGGCAUGCUGAGCCGCCCACGAUGAGCCAUUUCAAACCUUGCUAUCGUAUUGGACAGUUCGAUACCUCGCCCAUCGUUGAUCUGGGCCAUCUUGGGGCACGCCGCAUCUCUGCACCACUACCCACCAUUACAGUCCUCGGAAAUGGCCCCGGUUACCCCCUCCCGUAA